CCCAGGCGGCGGCGACGCGACGCCCCGAGCGCCCGCCCCGCCGCCGCGGCCGGCAGGUCCGUUUACCAGGCCCUUCAGACACCCUGGCAGGUGCUGCGCCCGACGCUGCCUCCGAGGUUGGCCCGCCCCCCAGAAGGCAGAUAGGUUUCGUUAGCAGACAGCUCUUUGCACUCGGGGACCUUGGUGGAGCUGUGAACUCCGCUUCCCGCGUCUCCCUGCCUGUCCCCCUGCCCGGUGGGCUUUAGAGCCAUGGCAACGGAGGAGAAGAAGCCAGAGACGGAGGCCGCCAGAGCACAGCCCACCCCUUCCUCCUCGGCCACGCAGAGCAAGCCGACCCCCGUGAAACCCAACUAUGCUCUGAAGUUCACCCUGGCCGGCCACACGAAAGCCGUGUCUUCCGUGAAGUUCAGCCCGAACGGGGAGUGGCUGGCAAGCUCGUCUGCUGAUAAACUCAUUAAAAUUUGGGGAGCGUAUGAUGGAAAAUUUGAGAAAACCAUAUCUGGUCACAAGCUGGGCAUAUCGGACGUGGCCUGGUCGUCAGAUUCCAACCUCCUUGUUUCCGCCUCCGACGAUAAAACCCUAAAGAUCUGGGACGUGAGCUCGGGCAAGUGUUUGAAAACCCUGAAGGGCCACAGUAACUAUGUCUUCUGCUGUAACUUCAACCCCCAGUCCAACCUCAUCGUCUCGGGCUCCUUUGAUGAAAGUGUGAGGAUAUGGGACGUGAAAACAGGGAAGUGCCUCAAGACUUUGCCUGCGCACUCGGACCCAGUGUCCGCGGUUCAUUUUAAUCGGGACGGAUCCUUGAUAGUGUCAAGUAGCUACGAUGGGCUCUGUCGGAUCUGGGACACCGCCUCGGGCCAGUGCUUGAAGACGCUGAUCGAUGACGACAACCCGCCUGUGUCCUUUGUGAAGUUCUCUCCAAACGGCAAGUACAUCCUGGCCGCGACCUUGGACAACACGCUGAAGCUCUGGGACUACAGCAAGGGGAAGUGCCUGAAGACGUACACCGGCCACAAGAACGAGAAAUACUGCAUUUUUGCCAAUUUCUCAGUCACUGGAGGGAAGUGGAUCGUGUCUGGUUCCGAGGACAACCUGGUGUACAUCUGGAACCUGCAGACCAAGGAGAUCGUACAGAAAUUACAGGGCCACACAGACGUGGUGAUCUCCACGGCGUGCCACCCGACGGAGAACAUCAUCGCCUCGGCGGCCCUGGAGAACGACAAGACCAUCAAGCUGUGGAAGAGCGACUGCUAGGCGCGGGCGCUGCGGGCGGGCGGGACGGUGGCCGCGGUCCGGCGCCGCGUCUGGAAGGGCGCCCCUGCGUCUGGGCUGGGGGUCGGGAGGGGCCCGGAUUCGGCCGCCUCUGAGGACGGUGUGGCGGGGAGGGGGGUGCGGGGGGGUCUCCCACCAGAAAGUUCUCGAAGUCACUGGUGGCAUUUCCUGCCGAUCCCGCGCUCACUGUCGGGGGAAGUUUCUAGUCCGUGUUGUGUUCAAAUAAGAGUCAACAAGAAUUUUUAAUUUUUUAUUACAGAAGAGUGAAGUUCACUUCAUCAUGAGUUGUGUUUUUUUCCAGUAAACGUUCUGUACCUUCUUCGGUAUCUAACCCCCCGUGCAAGCGCUGUGAGCCCCGCGGCGGCCCCCUUGUCUGUUCACAGACGCCCCGUGACGCGGUCCGGGCCACUGGUUCCUGCUGUAGUCGUGCCCAGUGUGUUCCAGUCUUUCUGGAAAACGCAGAACACUGUAAGGUUAUCUCCGUGUAAAAGCCCUUUGUGUGUGGGAGUUCGUGGUCCCCGGCCCACAGCCUGGCGUCGCGCUUGUAGCUCCCCACGUCCCCCGCUGGCAGCCCUGGUAACAAGGGGGCGUGGUGGCACCGCCGUGCCGGCCUUCUCCUGCCGAGCCCCGGUGCCCUUGGACCGUUUUGAAAAAGUCUCCGAGGUGGCAGGAAGUUGAGGACGCCUGCGGGAAGGACUCGGCUCUCCCUGUAGGUCAGUCGUGCAUCGGGGCUGGGGACACCCUGGGGACAUGCAGCUGGAGAGGAGUUAGCCACCGGCCAUGUCCUGCCUAGCGCUGCCGCGGCCCAGUGUGGGCUGCGGAAGUUCGGGCCCAGUGCCGGUCUGGGGACCUGCAGGCUUGCUAGGGACCCUGGGGCCAGCCGUUGGGUGCUGCCUGGCCCGGCGUGUGUUGUGGGAACCUGCGGUGGUGUGGCUGCUGGUGACGGUGGAGGGAGAGCGGGACCGGCGCCGGGAUCGCCAGGCCUGGGGCCCAGUCUGUGGCCCAGCCCCCCUCUUCUGCCAGCACCUGGUGGCUGAGGCUCGGGCUCUGCCAGUGUGGGGUCUGCAGAUGGAGCUGCGCCUGCCCUGCCUUUCCUGAGCCCUGCGUCCUGGGAAGGGGUCCUGGGGCUGUCCUCGGUGGGCUUCCGGGACCCGCUGCAGGAGCCGCUGUCCCGGGGCAGUGCUGAGCAUUCCAGUAGAAGGUGUGCGGACCCAGCUUCCUUCUGUUUCCCCGGCCUCUCCCGGAGGUGGGCUGCCGCGCGGCAGCGACAGACGAUCAGCGCGGGAGCCUGGGGGGCUGCUUUGCCAUGUGUUUUGUAGGAAGCCCGAAGGGGUUAGGCCCAGCCCUAGGAGCAGAGGGUGUGGACGUGAGCUCUGUGCCGUUGGAUAUAGUUUAUUUUUUCUACGUUUGAAUUCUCUGUUGUAGAUUUGUGUACAAAUACAUUCUCUCUUUUAAAAAUAAAAAUUUUCAUGUCUUGUA